GAAAAUAGCCGUAGUGUCGGUGGAGAAAGCUGUCUCAACCACAAGAAUGUCUGGUCUUUUUAAUUCCUACGAGGAGGACUUCAACGACACCGUCCGCGGUCUUCGCGAGGGCUGCGAGAGGCUGCAGGGCGGCAUCGACGCGCAGAAUACCCACGUAGGCGAUCCAUCACAGGUUUACCACCCACCCCCGGCCACCGGUCCCCUCAGCCGCGCGCAGCAGCUGCAAGUCAUUCAGCAGAGCCUCUCUCACGCGAAGGACUUGCUGACCAGCAUGACGUACGAAAUGACCGACGUCGCCGCGGCGGAGAAGGCGGCGACGAAAGAGAAAGUGGAGUCGUUCCGCAAGGUGUGCGGUGGGCUCGACAAGACGGUGGCGCAGCUCCGACAGUCCUGCAACGCGGCGGACCGCGCUGAUUUGCUUCGCUUCGGCGCGAAUGCCAGCGUCGGAGUCAGCGGAGGACGGGACGCCUUCAUGGAUGAGGCGGACUCGGCGACGCAGGCGAACCGUCUGCUGUCGCUGCAGACGACGGAGAGGCUGCAGGGUGGAACGGGCACCCUGCGGAAAGCGGAGGCCUAUCUCGCGCAGAGCAACGAACUCGGUCGGGAGAACCUGAGCGUACUGCGCACGCAGACCGAACAAAUCUCACACAUUCACGAUACCACGCACGAUGUGGAUGCGGAGGUCUCGCGGUCGCGGCAGAUUCUCAACCAGAUGCAGCGCACCGCGACGAAGCACAAACUGUGGCUGAUCGGGAUUAUUUUGGCGCUCGUUGGCUUUAUUCUGCUCCUGUUUUACCUGCACUGA